GCUUAACUUUGUAGAUGAAUGCAAAUGAGGGACGCCGAGAGCCAACGGUGGAAGAAAAUUCCUGAUCCAAACCUGUGGAGGAAUAAGAAGAGCUCCAGUGAGAAAAGAAAUGGGGCAAAUGCCAUAGGAUGACCGCUGCUGGUCCCCUCUUACUGGCUGUGAUAUCGUCUGUCCUGUGGCUCACGCGGGGCUUUGACCCGGCUCCCAGCGCCUGCUCCGCUUUGGCCUCCGGCGUCCUCUACGGCUCCUUCUCUCUCAAGGACCUCUUCCCCACCAUCUCCUCCGGCUGCUCCUGGACCCUGGAGAACCCCGACCCCACCAAGUACUCUCUGUACCUCCGCUUCAACCGUGAGGAGCAGGUGUGCACCCACUUCUCGCCCAUGGUGCUGCCGCUCGACCACUACUUGGCCAACUACACCUGCGAGCCGCGCACGGAGCCCGCCAGCCCCCCGCCCUCCCCACACCCCGAGGAGGAGGAGGAGGAGGAGGAGGGCGAGGAAGCCGAACUGGAGCUGUGCGAGGCCUCGGGGCCCUUCACCUUCCUGCACUUCGACAAGAACUUUGUGCAGCUGUGCCUGGCGGCGGAACCCGAGGCUGCCCCGCGCCUGCUGGCCCCACAAGCGCUGGAGUUCCGCUUCGUGGAGGUGCUGCUCAUCAACAACAACAACUCCAGCCAGUUCACAUGCAGCGUGCUGUGCCGCUGGCUGGAGGAGUGCCUGCAAGCCCCCGGCGCCCGGCGCUGCGGCCUCACCCACGCGGGUUGCAGCUGCCAAGCAGAGAGCCCCCCGGCACCGCGGCACAACGGCACACGGCUCCCCACCGCCCGCACGCCUGCCCCGCCGCCCGCUGCCACCCCCCAGUGCUGCCCCCAACCUGAGCUGCAUUCUGCCAGUGGCAAUGAGUUCGAGCUGCCCGAAGUCCCCCAUGGCAAUGCUGUUGAGGAGAACCAGAAGGUGAAGACGCAGUGGCCGCGGUCGGCGGAUGAGCCAGGGGUGUACAUGGCCCAGACAGGGGACCCCGCGGCGGAGGAGUGGUCGCAGUGGAGUGUCUGCUCACUGACGUGUGGGCAGGGCUCCCAGGUGCGGACGCGCUCCUGUGUCUCCUCUCCAUACGGGACGCUGUGCAGUGGGCUGCUGAGGGAGACACGCACCUGCAACAACACGGCCACCUGCCCAGUGGAAGGGCAGUGGUUGGAGUGGGGCGCCUGGAGCCGCUGCUCCGUCACCUGCGCCAACGGCACCCAGCAGCGCACGCGCAAGUGCAGCGUCUCAGCCCAUGGCUGGGGGGAGUGCCGGGGAGCCCACGCCGAUGCCCGCGAGUGCUCCAACCCCAUGUGUCCCACCGACAGCAAGUGGGGCCCCUGGAACCACUGGAGCCUCUGCUCCAAGACGUGCGACACGGGUUGGCAGCGCCGCUUCCGCAUGUGCGAGGGCACCGGCGUGCAGGGCUACCCCUGCGAGGGCACGGGCGAGGAGGUGAAGACCUGCAAUGAGAAGAAGUGCCCAGCCUACCAUGAGAUGUGCAAGGACGAGUACGUCAUGCUGAUGACCUGGAAGAAAACCGCAGCGGGGGACGUCAUCUACAACAAGUGUCCUCCCAAUGCCACAGGGUCCGCCAGCCGCCGGUGCCUGCUGAACCCCCACGGGGUUGCAUACUGGGGUGUGCCCAGCUUCGCCCGCUGCAUCUCCCACGAGUAUCGAUACUUGCAUCUCUCACUGCGGGAGCACCUGGCCAAGGGGCAGCGAGUGCUGGCGGGUGAGGGCAUGUCGCAGGUGGUGCGCAGCCUGCUGGAGCUGAUGGCCCGCAAGACCUACUACAGCGGGGACCUGCUCUUCUCCGUCGAGAUCCUGCGCAACGUCACCGACACCUUCAAGAGAGCCACCUACAUCCCGUCCUCUGAGGAUGUGCAGCGCUUCUUCCAGGUGGUGAGCUACAUGGUUGAUGCAGAGAACAGGGACAAGUGGGAGGACGCACAGCAGGUCUCUCCCGGCUCCGUGCACCUGAUGAAGGUGGUGGAGGACUUCAUCCACCUGGUGGGGGAUGCACUCAAGGCGUUCCAGAGCUCGCUCAUUGUCACCGACAACCUGGUGAUCAGCAUCCAGCGUGAGCCCGUCUCUGCCGUGUCCAGCGACAUCAACUUCCCCAUGAAGGGCCGUCGGGGCAUGAAGGACUGGGCACGCAGCUCUGAGGACAAACUCUUCAUCCCCAGGGAGGUGCUGAGCCUCGCCUCUGCCGAGCUGGAUGAGUCGUCCCACUUUGUCAUCGGGGCCGUGCUGUACCGCACGCUGGGACUCAUCCUGCCGCCCCCCAGGACCCCGCUGGCCGUCACCUCCAAAGUGCUGAUGGUGACGGUGCGCCCACCCACCAGGCCCUCCGAGCCCCUUGUGCUGGUGGAGCUCUCCCACAUCAUCAAUGGCACAUCCCAUCCGCAGUGCGUCACCUGGGACUACUCAAGGAACGAUGCUGGCUUGGGAAACUGGGACACGGAGAGCUGCCAAACCCUGGAGACCCUUCCAGCACACACCAAAUGCCAGUGCCGCCGGCUCGCCACCUUCGCCAUCGUCGCACAGCUGCCCAAAGACCUGGCCAUGGACCCCUCGGGCAGCCCGUCGGUGCCGCUGAUGAUCGGCUGUGCUGUGUCCUGCAUGGCCCUGCUGACGCUGCUGGUGAUCUACGCUGCGUUCUGGAGGUUCAUCAAGUCAGAGCGCUCCAUCAUUCUGCUCAACUUCUGCGUCUCCAUCCUGGCCUCCAACGUCCUCAUCCUCGUGGGGCAGACCCAGAUGCUCAGCAAGGGCGUUUGCACCAUGACGGCCGCCUUCCUCCACUUCUUCUUCCUCUCAUCCUUCUGCUGGGUGCUGACGGAGGCCUGGCAGUCCUACCUGGCGGUGAUCGGCCGCAUCCGGACACGCCUGGUCAGGAAGCGCUUCCUGUGCUUGGGAUGGGGUUUGCCAGCACUCGUGGUCGCCGUCUCCGUUGGCUUCACACGGACCAAAGGCUAUGGGACGGCAAGCUACUGCUGGCUCUCACUGGAGGGCGGUCUGCUCUACGCCUUCGUGGGACCCGCAGCCGUCAUUGUGCUGGUGAACAUGCUGGUGGGCAUCAUCGUCUUCAACAAGCUCAUGUCCCGCGACGGCAUUUCAGAUAAGUCCAAAAAGCAGCGAGCUGGGGCAUCGCUGUGGAGCUCCUGCGUGGUCCUUCCCCUGCUGGCGCUGACCUGGAUGUCGGCCGUGCUCGCCAUGACCGACCGGCGCUCCAUCCUCUUCCAGGUCCUCUUCGCCGUCUUCAACUCCGUCCAGGGCUUCGUCAUCAUCACUGUGCACGGCUUCCUGCGCCGAGAGGUCCAGGACGUGGUGAAGUGUCAGAUAGGGGUGUGCAGGAGCGAGGAGAAUGAAAACUCGCCCGACUCCUGCAAGAAUGGGCAGGUGCAGAUCCUGACAGAUUUUGAAAAGGACGUUGACCUGGCAUGUCAGACAGUGCUCUUCAAGGAGGUGAACACCUGCAACCCUGCCACCAUCACUGGCACUUUGUCGCGCAUUUCGCUGGACGGCGACGAAGACCCCAAGCUCAACACCAGCUCAGAGGGCAAUUUGGGCUUCUCCAGCCUGCCGGGCAACAUCCCCACCGCCAGCAUCCUGGUGCAGGUGCCCAAGAUGACACCCAACGUGGUGGCCGGUUUGGAGCUGGGCGAGCCGCCGGCGCAGCUGGAGGCACAGGGUCCUGUCUACCUGUGCACCGAGAGCAGCCUGCGGCCCCUGGAGUACGGCUGGCUGCGGGCGCCGGAGCCGCCAAGGGAGAGCGAUUAUAUGGUGCUGCCACGCCGCAGCCUGCAGCCCUUCCAGCGCGAGGAGGGGCCCAGCACUGAGGAAGGGACCCCCCGUCCCACCGGGGCAGGAGAAGGGGAUUCCUACCCCGGCUUUGUCUCGGUGGAGCACGUCAACGUGAACCUGAGCCAGCCCUACGGGACGGUGAAGCACCCCUACGGGCUGCAGUUCAAGCAGCACCCCACGGUGCGGCAGAUCCUGGCGUCGGAGCUGUCGGAGCGCAGCCGCACCAUGCCGCGCACCGUGCCUGGCUCUGCCAUGAAAGUGGGGUCCCUGGAGAGGAAGAGGUUGCGGUACUCCGACCUGGAUUUCGAGAAGGUGAUGCACACUCGGAAGCGUCACUCUGAGCUCUAUCAUGAGCUCAACCAGAAGUUCCACACGCUGGACCGGUACCGGGCGCCAGCUGCUGGCACCAUCAAGCGAGAAAAGCGAUGGAGCGUCUCAUCAGGCGGUGGGGAGAAGAGCGUGGCCACUGACACCGCUGGCCCCGAGGACCCGCAGCCGCCGGCCGCGCCGCCCAAGCCCUGGAGCACAUUCAAGGCGAUGACUCUGGGUUCGCUGCCCAGCGCUCACCGGGACCGCCUGGAGCUGCGCUGUGCGGACUGGGAGGGCCCCUGCGCUGGUCUGGAUGCGGCCGAUGGGGACUUCCAGACGGAGGUGUGAGCCCCGCGCAGGACCAGCUCGGACGCUGUGUUACUCCGUCCUCCUCUGCGCCCGGGGGGAUCCCAGCCGUCGGAGCCAUCCCCGCGGGGGGACCGCGCACCCCACACUCACC